AUGGGUAAGGCCCGUGAUUAUAUUCAGCACCCGAGCGGUCCAUUCUUCCGUUUGACUAGACAAGAAUGGUCUACUGCUGUUAAAAAAUACCCCGAUUUACUAAAUGAUACAGACAUAAGCUCUGAAGAAUACUCAGCAACAGCAUCAAUCAAUGUCGGAGUUGAUGGUUGUUUCGACAAUCAAACAAUUUUGAACCAAUUUGAACGUCUAUUAUUAGAGUUCAAAAAGGAUUUUAAAAAUAAUUUAAUUCAAGUAGGAGUCGACAACGCUCGUACGCAUACGGUGAAAGAAUAUAACUUACAAGAUUUUGGAAUGCGUCCAGGUACACGUUGUCCAGUAAAAAUUAUCCAGUACAUUGACGAAAAGAAUAAAAAACAAAUUCUAAACUGUUAUUUUACAUCGGGACCAUUUAAAGGCCAGUCUAAAGGACUGUUACAAACUGCUCAGGAUUUAACCUUGACUGUUUCGGAAAAAAAAUAA